AUGACUCAAUUAUCCUUUGGGUUUCAACCUCGAAGUAGUCACUCAUCAUCUGUGGUCCUCGUACCCUCUUCUUCCCACCUCGGUUUCAUCUCUCCGGCGAUGAGGAAACACCCCAACCCGCCUUUCUUUUUCGUUCUCCUCUCCAUCGCUCUCUUUCUGCAACCCGGUUCAGCACUCGACUUUCUAUUCAACACCUUCCGUUCUUCGAACAUCUCCCUCUACGGAAUCGCCACCAUUGAUUCUGGCGGAACCCUAACUCUCACCGACACCAAAAACUUCUCAAUAGGCCGGGCUUUGUACCCAGUAAAAAUCCCCACAAGAUCCCCAAAUUCAUCUUCACCUCUCCCCUUUUCCACCUCCUUCAUCUUCUCUAUGGCUCCAGACGUUAGCAGUAAAUACCUUCCUGGCCAUGGCAUAGUCUUCCUCUUUGUGCCCUACAGAGGGAUUGAAGCGGCAGACUCGGCCCAGCACUUGGGCUUCCUCAACUUCACCAACAACGGAAAACAAAGCAACCAUGUCGUGGGAAUUGAGUUUGAUGUGUUUAAGAAUGAAGAAUUUAGUGACAUAAACGACAACCAUGUCGGGAUUAAUGUGAAUUCAUUGACUUCCAUAAGUGCCCACGAGGCAGGGUAUUAUGGGAAUAGUGAGAAGUCGUUCAAGAGGUUGAAGCUGAAUAAUGGGAAGAAUUAUCAGGCUUGGAUUGAUUAUGCUGAUUUUAGAAUUAAUGUGACCAUGGCGGUGGCAGGGAAAGAGAGGCCUAGAUUUCCUUUGCUGAGUGUUCAUUUGAAUCUCUCUGAGGUUUUUGAGAAUGAAAUGUAUGUUGGGUUCACUGCAUCCACCGGUCAGUUGGUUGAAAGCCACCGGAUUUUGGGUUGGAGCUUUAGUAAUUCGAAUUUUUUGCUAAGUGAGAGGUUGGUUACUACUAAUUUGCCAUCUUUCGAGCCACCCAAGAAUUCGAUUUUUCGAUCAAAAGGAUUUACUGCAGUUGUUUAUCUGCUUUUGGUGAAGAACAAGAGGAGAAGAGAAAGGGAGAGAGGGGAGAUGGAGGAGUGGGAAUUAGAGUACUGGCCUCACCGAAUUAGUUUCCGUGAAAUUGAGGCAGCAACAAGGGGAUUUUGUGAAGAGAAUGUGAUUGGGAUUGGAGGGAAUGGGAAGGUCUACAAAGGAAUAACGCCCGGAGGGGCAGAGGUGGCAGUGAAGUGCAUUUCGCACGAGAGCAAUGAAGGAAUGAGAGAGUUCCUGGCCGAAAUCUCAAGCCUUGGAAGGGUAAAGCACAGGAAUUUGGUGGGUAUGAGAGGAUGGUGCAAGAAGGAGAAAGGCAGCUUGAUCUUGGUCUAUGACUACAUGGAGAAUGGGAGUUUGGACAAGAGAGUAUACGAGUGUGAAGAGAGCACCAUGUUAAGCUGUGAAGACAGAAUAAGAAUCUUGAAGGAUGUGGCUUUAGGGGUCCUGUACCUUCAUGAGGGAUGGGAGGCCAAGGUAUUACAUAGGGACAUUAAGGCAAGCAACGUUCUACUAGACAGAGAAAUGAAUGGAAGGUUGGGGGACUUUGGGCUAGCCCGAAUCCACUGGCACGGACAAGCGGCAAGGACGACAAGGGUGGUGGGGACGGUGGGGUAUUUGGCGCCUGAGGUGAUCAGGAGCGGCCGGGCCUCAACUCACACUGAUGUUUUUGGAUUUGGGAUCUUGAUCUUGGAGGUGAUGUGUGGGAGGAGGCCCAUUGAGGAAGGGAGGCCUAAUUUGGUUGAUUGGGUGUGGGAGCUAAAUGGGAGAGGACGGCUAAUUCUAGCCCUUGAUGAGAGACUGAGGGCUAGAGGAGGGAUUAAUGAAGAAGAGGUAGAGAGAGUGGUGCAAUUGGGCCUGUUGUGUGCACAUCCAGAUCCGAAUGCCCGGCCCACCAUGAGACAAGUAGUGAAGGUUUUAGAAGGAAAGAAUGAGGGUGAUGAGAGUGAGUGUGAGAACAUGGACAUGUACUUGCUUGCAAACAUGGAGUCUAAUCCACCAACUGUGGGAAAUGAGUCACACCCAACAUUUAAACAAAUAAGAGAGGCAGUCUCUUCCUCCAUGUCCAUGUCUUGGUCUGAAUCUAUUUUGGAAGGCAGGUGA